AUGUCAACCACUAGUACUCUUCCUUCAGAUAUAGCAUCUACAUCAGCAUCCACUCCUGCAAUGUCAGCCACUAGUACUCUUCCUUCAGAUAUAGCAUCUACAUCAGCAUCCACUCCUGCAAUGUCAACCACUAGUACUCUUCCUUCAGAUAUAGCAUCUACAUCAGCAUCCACUCCUGCAAUGUCAACCACUAGUACUCUUCCUUCAGAUAUAGCAUCCACAUCAGCAUCUACACCUGCAAUGUCAGCCACUAGUAUUGUUCAUUCAGAUAUAGCAUCUAAAUCACCUUCCACUCCUGCAAUGUCAACCACUAGUACUCUUCCUUCAGAUAUAGCAUCUACAUCAGCAUCCACAAAUGUCAUCCACCUCUUUACUUCAGAUAUAGCAUCUACAUCAAGCAUCCACUCCAUGCAAAUGUUGCCACUAGUUGCUCUUCCUUCAGAUAUAGCAUCUACAUCAGCAUCCACUCCUGCAAUGUCAACCACUAGUACUCUUCCUUCCAGAUAUAGCAUCCAUCAGCAUCUACACCUGCAAAUGUCAGCCACUAGUAUUGUUCAUUCAGAUAUAGCCAAUGUCAACCACUAG